UUAUUUUCUCUCUUUUCACCUCUACAGGCAUCAUCGAAUCAAACUCACGCAUAGCAGCCGGUUGCUGUAUUAUUUUUCUCUGUCAUAAAGUGUACAACGUCAAAGCGGAUGAGAGCGAUUUCGGUUCGCAAUCUUCAAAACAUUGUGAAAUCCAGUUACUGCGCAUACCGGUACAACUUCGCAGAGAUGGCCACGGAAUCGACAUCGGAUUACAAGAGUGCCUCCUCGGUGUACGACUUCACCGUUAAGGACGGCCAGGGUGAAGAUGUCAGCUUGGACAAGUAUCGCGGAAAGGUGCUGCUGAUCGUCAACAUCGCUUCCAAGUGCGGUUUGACAAAGGGGAAUUAUGCAGAGCUCACGGAGUUAUCGCAAAAGUACGCAGACAAAGAUUUCAAAAUCUUGUCCUUCCCGUGCAACCAGUUCGGGUCACAAAUGCCUGAAAAAGAUGGAGAGGAAAUGGUUUGUCAUCUGCGAGACGCCAAGGCUGAGGUGGGCGACGUUUUCGCUCGGGUCAAUGUCAACGGCGAUGAUGCAGCUCCUCUGUACAAGUAUCUGAAGCACAAGCAGGGAGGCAGCUUGGGAAACUUCAUCAAAUGGAAUUUCACCAAGUUCCUAGUCGACAAAAAUGGAGUGCCAGUUGCGCGUUUUUCGCCCACUACCAACCCUCUGGAUAUCGUUAAGGAUAUCGACAAACUGCUGUAGAGCUGUAGAUUUUUAGAUUGGUUUUAGGGGAGUGCAUUUUCCAACAUACCUACUAGUUUCAGCAUUAUUAACGGGUAGCAUUGGAUCGUCAUUUGGUUGUUCAAAAAUAAAUUUCACAAUUUGCUUCAC